UUAAUAUUCAUUCCAUUGAUUGUAUCCGGUCAAAAUAAGGUGUAAAAAAAAGUUGAGGUAACGGAGCACCGAUCAUCACCGUCGUCAGGUAUAAAUGACGAGAAGGACAUUAUUAGAAAAUACAACGGGUGGGAUUCACAGCCAAGAAGCAAAAAUGCAGCAGAACACUGAAGACUUAGCCAUCACAGCAGUGGUAACCUCACUGAAGAACUGUGGAAUUGGAGCUACAUCCAGUUGUCUUGCUACAGUUCUGACAUUCCCAAUCCACAAAACAAUCUUUCGACAGCAAAUCCAUGGCAUCAUUGUCCGGAAAGCAUUUGCUCAGCUGCGUCAGGAAGGCCUCCGCAGGUUUUACAGGGGACUUCUCCCUCCACUCCUGGCUAAAACAAUCCAAGGCACAUUGUUGUUUGGCACCUACGAUAGCAUCAUUGGAAGCCUGAUGUCUGAGAAUACAAAUGUGUAUCGUCGUUGCAUUGCAGGAUCAUUAUCUGGAGCUGUGGAAGCCUUGGUGCUGACCCCAUUUGAACGUGUCCAAAAUAUCCUCCAAGACCACAGGAAAGAAGCAAAACUUCCCACUAUCCAAAGCAUUUUUAAGCAGUUCAAUUCCUAUAGCUUCCAAGAUAAGUUGCAACUUGGGUAUUACAGAGGCUUCCUCCCUGUUCUGUUGAGGAAUGGAAUAGGCAGUGCACUUUAUUUCUCAUUGAAGGACCCAAUUAAGAACGUACUCAUGAAAAAUGAUAUUCCCAGUGGGGUUUCUGCAUUUAUCUCUGGGAGUUUCAAUGGCAUGGUGGUGUGUUUCAUUUUAUACCCGCUCAGUGCGGUGAUUGCAAAUAUGCAGUCUCAGAUUGGCAAGGAGAAAAUUAACCUUAGGAAUUUUGUUAAAAAUUUCUGGGCAUCUCGUGCCAAAAGUUUCUUGUAUGUUUACAGGGGUGGAUCCCUGAUUAUGCUGAGGUCCUGCAUAACAUGGGGAUUAACCACUGUUAUUCAUGAUUUUUUAAAACAAUGCAGUCCUAAAAUGUAGAGAAUGUUAUACUCACUUAUGCAGAUGAUACCAAGUUAGGAGGCACCCUGACUAAAUUGGAAACAGAAAAUUACAAUGAUGUUCAGAAAUAUUUCAUCCAAAAUUUGAAUGGGCAAAAACUGAUGGCCGAUGCAUGGAUGAUUUUAAUCAGAUAUACGAAGACAUAUGUGGACACAAAAUGGUUCUAAUUUAUAUGCAACAUAAAAUUGUAAAACAAGUUAACAUCACCAGAAUAACAAAUACAUUUAUAUUCUGAGAUAUCAGAAUGAUGGACAAAAAUUGAUGCAUCAAGAUUUCCUGAUGUCCCUUUCUUAUUCACCACAUACUCUUAUAGUGAAAUUAUCUCCUGCCUGAUCACAAUGGUGGUGUCUGGCAUUACUUUCUCUUAUUGCGUAACUGAAGAAUUAUAAUGGACAAACAUAUGGAAUAACCGGAAACGUUCCAUUUUCAGAAUACGUGUCAAGGAUGUUUUGUGGGGGCGGGGUGACUAAUUUGGGAACUGCGGACUUAUUCACAGGGCAAGUGGGUAGGUAGAUUAUGGGUUGGCCCUUGCUUCUGCCAUUUAGACAGGGCUUUGUGUGCUUCUGUGGCAUGGAUAUGAUGUUUCCAAUACUGUCUAAAAUCCUGGUUCUCUACAUGAUCUUUGGCAGGAAUUUUCAAGUGACAGUGGAAACAUUACAUUAUUUCAGGGCGACGUCCCGUACAUUCUCCAACCUUUUUCUUUGUCUGCCUAGUAAUCUCUUCGUGUGAGAGCUCAAUAGUAUUUGAGGAGUGUGCAGUCUGCCAUGUGAAUUAUGUGAUGUACCCAAUCUUGCUGACCAAAUGUAAUGAGAUCCCUCAAUGUUGGGGAUGUUGGCUUGAGAGAGAACAAGGAUGUUGGAUCAUUUAUCCGUCGAGUUAAGGUGGAGAAUUUCGUAGAAGCAUCUGUAUUUACUGUGGAGAAAGACGGAUGCUAGGGAACUGAGGAAGUUAAUACUGAUAUCAUGAAGAGGAUGUGCUGGAGGUCUUAAAAUGCCUAAAGGUCGAUUGCCAGGACCUGAUCAACUUUAUACUAGGACAAUGCUGAAGCUAGGGAAUAAAUUGCAGGGCCACAGGCAGAGAUAUUUGUAUCAUUUAUAGCGAUGAGCGAGGUGCCAGACGACUGGAGGGUAGCUAACAAAAGGUUGAUCGUGGAUAAUAAUGUCUUGAUCUUCAAACAUCCUUUUCCUCAAUGGCUGUGUUGACAUAUUGAAGGUAAUGGCGAAUUUCAUUGCAGAUGUUUAACUUUGCAGAGAAUUAGCUGUCAGCUUUUUCCAGGGUAUGGUUGAGAAUUGUUAGCGUGCAAUGUUGACCCGUGGAAGCUGAUUGCUAGAAGACUAAAGAUAGACACAAAAAAGCUGGAGUAACUCAGCAGGACAGGCAGCA